CGUUUAGUGCGCUCUGAAAUCUGGAAGGUUCAUUUAUGGCAGGCAAUGGUGGGCUUUGUUAUUCCAAGUACACCUAUUUCUUUGGAUCACUGGAAAUAUUCGCCCGGCGUGAACAUAUAUUUUCUUUCACAUCUUCAUUCAGAUCACAGUGAAGGACUAAGACCCUCCUUUCGCUAUGGGUCUAUAUAUUGUUCUUCAACUACACGUCGACUUUUACUUGAAAGAUACCAACUCGACCCUUCGUUAGUGAUAACUAUAAACCCUGGUGAGACAAGAAGCGUUAGCUUAGAUGACUUUGAUAAAGAAAAACUAAGUGUCACUGCAAUAGAUGCUAACCACUGCCCUGGCUCUCUUAUGUUUUUAUUAGAAGCUUAUUUUGGUACGGUGCUGUACACAGGAGACUUUAGGUAUGAGAGUGGGAUAUUAGAUGUGAACUUGCUUCAAAAUAAAAUCAUUGAUCAUAUUUACCUUGACAAUACUUAUUGUCACCCCAAAUUCCAAUUUCCAAAAAGACUUAUUAGACAGAGGCCGCAGCAGAACUGCUUAAAAUAAUUCAUUCAUUUCCUAAUCACAAUGUGGUCAUAGGCGUUGAUUCUCUUGGAAAAGAAGAGCUUCUUGUCGACGUCGCCGUCUCCCUUGAAGUCUUAAUAAAAGUGACUCCUGAAAAGUAUAGGUUGAUAGAAGUAGUGGGUGGCUUGCCUUCGGUUUUCACUAUGAACGCCGACGCCACUUUUGUCUCUGCAGUCCCCAAGCAAUCGUUGACCUCUUCUCUUUUGUAUAAGCUAAACGAGGAGUGGCCGACCAUCGGAAUCCUCCCAACGGCGUUUUUGGCCUUUUCUUCCCGAAAGGCUACUGUGCAGCAUCCUCUUUUAUUCGUAUGUACUAGAAAAGUGUAGGGCGGUGGCAGUCUCCUUAUAGCAAAGUUGGUGUCUUUCAUUACACUAACACUCGUGAUUGUGCUUCCUGUAGCGGAGGCCUGUAAAAAGAUACGCUCUGGCUUUCUUACUCUUGUACUGAAUUACCUAAUCCUUCACUGUUUAGGUAGUACCUUACUCUCUCCACUCGCCUUUCACCGAAAUUUUAGAGUUUCUGAAAGUUUUGCAGUUCAACUCGAUAUCUGGCAUUAUUGGGGAUAAGUCACUUGACCCCCGCCGAUACUUUCCCUGUAAACGGAAAUUUAAAUUCAAAGUUCCGCCCUGUGUGACGGAAGCAAUGCAGAAAAGAGGGCGCAAGCCCCUCUUAACUCGAAAGUUCCUAAUUCCGCGCAAUAAAAGAGGAGUGAAAUGGCUGGAAGGGAUUAGUCCCCUAACCCUUUCAAGGUUUAAAAACAAAGGAAUUACCUACCUUAAGGAGGUGGAAGUAGCUGAUAAAAAUAUUUUUAAACAAGAAAAUGGGGAAAACGUGUAGAUUUUAAGGCCUGCUACCCUGUUAUAAAAACAGAAACGCUCUUACUUUGCAUAU